AUGGACAAAAUUGUCGAUGUAAUCAAGUAUCUCCAACUGAAACAUCUUACUUCAUCAGCCAUCAAUGCGGACAUGGCAUCAGCUGGUGGGGAUGAUGCUCUUUCCCUUGCCACUGUUAAGAAGUGGACAGUGGAGUUCAAGAGGGGGAGGAGAGAGCAUCCGAAGAUUACCCAAGAUCAGGAAGACCUUCCACUGCCACCACUCAGGGAAAUGAUGAGGAGGUUUCGGUUCACCAGUAUCAGCCAGCGACUAAACAACCAAUCCGUGGAGGCGUCUUCCGUCUGCUCAGAAGAAGAAAGUGAAGUCCGUUCCAUCAGCUGGCAAGGUGGUGGCUUUGGUUUUCUUGGAAUCCAAAGGAAUCCUACUGGUGGACUACUUCCGGAAAGCCGGCAGCAUUCUUCCCCUACUCCACCCGCCUACCACCCUACUCCAUCCGCCUACCGGCCUACUCUAUCCGCCUACCACCCUACUCCAUCUGCUUUCAACCCUACUCCACCCACCGGUCUCUCUACUCCACCCACCUACCACCCCACUCCUCCCAUCAAUAUCCCUAAAACACCCGACUUCAAGCCUACUCCAUCCGCCUUCAACCCUACUCCAUCCGCCUACCACCCUACUCCAUCCGCCUACUACCAUACUCAAUCCGCCUAUCACCCUACACCACCCGCCUACCUCCCUACUCCACCCGCCGAUCACACUACUCCAACUGCUUUCAACCCUACUCCACCCACUGGUCACCCUACUCCACCCGCCUACCACCCCACUCCACCCGCCUACCACCCUACACCACCCGCCUACCACCCCACUCCACCCGCCUACCACCCUACACCACCCGCCUACCACACUACUCCACCGGCCUUCAACCCUACUUCACCCGCCUACCAUCCUACUCCACCCGCCUACCACCCCACUCCACCCGCCUACCACCCUACACCACCCGCCCACCACCCCACUCCACCCGCCUACCACCCUACACCAGCCGCCUACCACCCUACUCCACCCGCCUACCACACUACUCCACCGGCCUUCAACCCUACUUCACCCGCCUACCAUCCUACUCCUCCCGCCUACCACCCUACACCACCCGCCUACCACCCCACUCCACUCGCCUACCACCCUACUCCACCCGCCUACAACCCUACUCCACCUGCCUACCACCCUACUCCACCCGCCUACCACCCUACUCCACCCGCCUACCUCCCUACUCCACCUGCCUACCACCCUACUCCACCCGCCUACCACCCUACUCCACCCGCCUACCACCCUACACCAGCCGCCUACUACCAUACUCAAUCCGCCUAUCACCCUACACCACCCGCCUACCUCCCUACUCCACCCGCCGAUCACACUACUCCAACUGCUUUCAACCCUACUCCACCCACUGGUCACCCUACUCCACCCGCCUACCACCCCACUCCACCCGCCUACCACCCUACACCACCCGCCUAA